GAGUAAUCGUGUUGGCUGAGAGCUGACGCUGAGGAUGGGAGUUGGCAUUUUUUAAAAUGGCGCAUGGAUUAGAUUCCACGUCGAAUGCCUACCGAGUCCGUUGUCUCCAACUAGCGCCGACAUCAACCACCGGACCUCUCGACCUCCGAACGAUAACAUGGACGACCGUCCUGUGGCCUGCCUUCUGCAAUUUAGAGACCUAACCCGAUGAUUGAAGGCAAUACUGCCCUGUGGACUGAAGUCCGCCUCAGCCUGGAGCCGUGGUUCGGAUUCGGCGGCGGGUCGCCUGGCGCCGCCCCUCUCCUCUCGCGGCUGCAGAGGCGCGGCCACUUUAUCUUGCCGGUCCAAUUUACCGAACGGCCCGGCCGCCGCACCAAUCAGCUGGGCGCCGGCCCUCGCGCAUGCGCACUGCGCCGUUAAAGGCCCGGGAGCGGGCUGAUUAGCAUUGGGAUGUGAGCGGCCGGCGCGGGGGGUGGCGGUGCGCGCGGCGCGGCCAGACGGCUCACGGCGGCGGAGCGGGCCGGGUCUAUGGUGCGCCGAGAUGGCUGCCGUGCAGGAGGCGCCCUUGAGACUAGUGCGGCCGGCGGCGGCGGCAGCGGCACGCCGCUCGCCCGACCCUCUACUGGACAUCUGUGCGCGCGCCGUGGCCGAGACGGUGCCCUUCCAGCGGAUUGAGGAGCGCUACGCGCGCAUUCCGGAGCCCGUGCAGCGGCGCAUCAUCUUCUGGUCUUUUCCGCGCAACGAGCAUGACAUCUUCAUGUACUCGUCGCUCAGCAAGGCGGCCUCAUCCGCCAGCAGCAGCAGCGGCGGCAACGGGGACUACCAGAGCCUGCCGUUCCACAAGGGCGUGCGCCUGUUGGAGACGGGCUGUGUGGAGAGCGUCCUGCAAGUCGGUUUUCACCUCAGCGGUCUGGUGCACUCGUCCAAGCCCAGUAUGCCACUGCCUCCCGGCUACAGUAUAGAGCCCGAGAAGAAAUACAGGGUCUCCGUCAGCUUCGACAGGUGUAAGAUCACCUCGGUCACGUGCACCUGUGAGACCCGGGACAUCUUCUGGUGCAAACAUGUGGUAGCACUGUCCCUGUACCGGAUCAGAAACGCCGAGACUGUCAAACUGCGCGUGCCCAUAUCAGAGACGCUGCUGCAGAUGGACCGACAGCAGCUUCAGAAGUUCGCGCAGUACCUGAUUGCCGAACACCACACCGAGGUGCUGCCCACCGCGCAGCGGCUGGCAGACGAGAUUCUGCGACAGCGCUCCGAAAUCAACCGGAUACAAGGCGCGCCCGACCCGACGGCCGGCGCAAGUGCUGACGCCGAGAACAGCUGGCAUCUGGACGAGGACCAAGUCCGCGAACAGGUCAAAUCCUAUCUCUCCCAGGGAGGCUACUGCAGCUCCAACAAGCAGCUCAACUCUAUGUUCGCGAAGGUACGGGAGAUGCUGCGGGCGCGCGACUCGAACGGCUCCCGAAUGCUGAUGCUGAUCACCGAACAGUUCCUCGCCGACCCGCACCUGAUCCUGUGGAAGUCGCAGGGCAACCCGAUGCAGGACCGCUGUCGACAACUCUGGGACCAGCUCGGAGCACUCUGGGUAUGUGUCACCCUCAGUCCAACCAGUUCCAAGACGGAGAAGGCUCGGUGGCGGGAGCUACUCAGUCGGUGGGCUCAGGUGGAGUUCUGUCCGCUGGAGGACCCCGACUUCAGGGCGCCACAGCGGUCGGCUGCGCCUGCCGCCGACCGCUCAGCCCACGGGGCCGGCUCCGCGUCCUCGGCUGAUGCUGUGCGGUGGCAGCCGGGCUCUCGCGGGGACCGGACCAGUUCCAGUGACGACAGCUCAGACGAAGACGUGGCCAUGUCGGACGGGCCGCCGCCGCCGCCGGCCGCUACCUUCCAGGUGUCGGCCCAGACCUGUCCGCAGACACCGCGAACGGUGUUCCAUAGGGCUAUUGACGGCACCUACCUGAGCUGGGAGAACGACCAGCUACGGCAGAUAAUGGCGCACGACCAGCCGCCUCCGCCCCUACAGGGACACUCGGCCAGUUACGACAUACAGGGACAGCCGCUCUGGCGAGAACACCUCCCGACGGCCUGCGCUCGAGUGAACGCGCUCCGGUCGCACGGCUAUACCCGCGAGGCGCUGCGCCUGGCGACAUCUAUCGUGCGCACCCUGAAACUCUCCCAGCUUCAAGCUCAACACCGCUGGGAGGAGGAGAAGGCGCACGUGUUGCCGCGCUGCAGUUUCUCCGGAGUGGCGCAGAGUCCCACUCACGCCUGCCAGGAGGGAUGGGUCGGACACCCGCUGGACCCCGUUGGUGCGCUGUUUGACACACUGGCAGAGGCCUCCGUGCUGCCGGACGCGCUCGGAAAGUGCACCUACUUCCCUGAGCCGGCCGGCUCCAGUGAGGACGGCUCCAACGUCACCCCUCCGCGGUACCGACACGUCCCCGUGCCCGGCUCACGGGACCGGGCCGAGACGUUCCUCACGCUGGCCGUGGAGGCGGCGCUGCUCGGUCUCGGACAGCAGCGGAUCAUGCCUGUGGGCCUGUACGCACAGGAGAAGGCGUGCAAACAGGAGGAGCGGCUGAUAGCCAAACUGUCCGAGAUCGAGGCCGAUGGACUGCUCGUGGCGGUGUUACGACGGCAGACAAUGCUUCUCCUGGAGGGCGGCCCCACCUCGGGACUCGGGCAGGCCAUCCACGCUGAGUCUGUCCCCCUGCACACCUUCGCCAAGUACCUGUUCACUACUCUGCUGAGGCACGACGCGGACCUGGCGCAGCGCGUGGGACUGCGAGCGAUGAGGCUGCCGAUUCUCGAGGAGCUGGAUGACCCUGAUGACACCACGGUCUCCAACAUGGUGCUACGACGCUACCCGCGCUGGUUCACACUGGGCAACAUCGAGAGCCAACAGUGCGCCCUCGCCUCCACCAUGCUCGCCGCCGUCAAAGACGACAUGUACCGGCUCCGACUCGUGCUCGAAGCCGCCCAGCUCAACAUUCACGGCUCCACGCACCUGUUCAAGUUGGCGCAGGACGCGUUCCGGUUCGCUACCUCAGCAGAGGGCCCGCGGCCGGCAAUGCUACUGUCCGCCGCCUUCGAGCUGGGACUUCAGGUGAUGCGGGUGACGCUGACGUCAAUGAACUGGCGGCGCCGGGACAUGGUCCGCUGGCUGGUGACGUGUGCCACCGAGGUCGGUGUCGACGCCCUCAUCACCAUCAUGCACAACUGGUACACGCUCUUCACUCCGACCGAGGCGACAGGACCGGUGGCGACCACCGUCAUGUCCCACACCACCAUGCUGCGGUUGAACCUCGACUUCAAGGCUCAGGAGGAUCUGAGCAACGCGGCGCGACAGCUGGCGUUGCAGUGUGCCACUAAGGACCCGCCCAACUGCGCGCUACACGCGCUGACACUGUGUGAGUCGGAGCCCAUCGCCUUCGAGACGGCCUACCAGAUCGUGAUCGACGCAGCCUCUCACAUCAUGACCUCGUCCCAGCUGUUCACUAUCGCCCGCUACAUGGAGCACCGCGGCUACCCGAUGCGGGCCUACAAGCUGGCCAUGCUGGCCAUGAACAGCAUCUACCUCGUCUAUAACCACGACACCCACCCGGCCAUCAACGACAUCCACUGGGCGUGCGCGCUGAGCCACUCGCUGGGCAAGUCGGAGCUGGCUAACAUGGUGCCGCUGCUGGUGAAGAACGUCCAGUGCGCCACGGUGCUCUCGGACGUGCUGCGCCGCUGCUCCAUGACCGCGCCGGGAUUGUCGUCACCGGACGCAAAGCGGCGACCGGCCAAACCCCUGGGGUACGAGCGGCCGCCGCUCAAGGCGCUCCUGGAGGCGGCAGUGGCGGCGUAUGCCAACACGACCCACUCGCGGCUGACACACAUCAGUCCGAGACACUAUGGAGACUUUAUCGAGUUCCUGAGCAAGGCGCGUGAUACAUUCCUGCUAGCGCCGGACGGCCGCGCUCAGUUUGCAGCGCUGCUAGAGAACAUGCGCACCGCCUAUAAGGGAAAGAAGAAACUCAUGUGUCUCGUGCGGGAGAGGUUUGGAUAACGGCGGCGCGCGCCCAACAGCUGGCGCCAGUGAUAUAGUCAACGAUCUCAGAGAGACGCGACGACCGGCCGACCGAUCGCGCGGCGGUGCGGUGACGUCACGGCGGUCCGAUGACGUCAUUACGGUCCGGUGACGUGGUGCCUUGGCGGCGGUGGCUGGGCGCAGGGCGCGGACAGCCGCAAGCUCUUCCACCGGGCCGCGCGGCCCCGCUGAUCGGGGUGUCGCCGCCGCCGGCGGCCUACAGCAAUACUGCGGAGGACGGCGCGCGUUCCUAGUUUUCUACGUCGGCUUUGGAUGAGCGGCUGGCCGGUGUCCAGUGACCCAUCGAGUGAGACGCGGCGCGGGGGGCCACGCGUGGUCCCUGCCUGCGCGCCAGGGCGGCCGCCCGGGCCCGCCCAAAGUCCGUGAGCGUAUGAUGGUGCGUGUGUCACUGCGAGCGUCCGCCUGGGAUGUAUAUGUGUCAAAGCUGUUGGGAAACGUAGGGCAUUGGUGUGUUUAUACCUCAUUUUGUUCUGACCGAGUCGGCAGGCCUAGCGCCGCCCACCGGCAGGCGCCAGGCGCGACAUUUAUGUUACAUAUCUGCCCGUUGGGCGGCUUGCCCCGCGGCCUCGCCCUGACAGGGAUGUGUGAUGCGGAUCUCGCCAGUUGUAUUGAGGCAGCGCCUUCUAUCUAUGCCGGUUGGUGUCGCGUUUAGUGGCAGUCUUCUGUGCAGACUCUAUGCAAGCGGCGGCGGCCGGAUCCAAUGGUCGGGUCGGUGGCCUGUUUCGUUGAUUGGCUGGCGCUGUAGUGUGGUAAUUUGACGGUGUCGUCAUCCAGGCGGAGGGGCACUGCCCAGUGCCCAGGCCGGUCCAGGCGAGCGUUAUAUUCCUCAUGACAAGGCUGAUUCAAGGAGGUCCAAUCCACGAGCAGGAUGAAUUGAUAUUGAACUCGUCAUAAUUUGUGAAUAUUUUGUUGAUUUGCGAUUCACGUGUCUGUCAAAGGCAUGCCACAGUCUCAGAGUAAUAAAAAAUUGUGGAGUAAUUUCAACCAACGCAAGGCCAUGUAAAUCAAUAGGGUGGUAUCGACUGAAAGGUGUAAAGACCUGUGUCAAAUUUCUGUUGAACAUUGCUGCGGCUCAGCAAAGCCGUGAAUAUUUGCAUGAAGACAGACGGAGCUGCAACUGCUUGUGUUCCCAUCAAUCUGAGCUCUUCCAUUUCUUUGCCUCUGGCGCCACGCCCGGCGAAUUAUUUUCCGUGAGUGGGUACAUUAUUUGUCUGUCGUUAAGCCUGAAACUGUCUGCGUAAUUUACGUUGUGUAGUGUUUGUAGCAUAUUUUUGUAUGAUCUCAUUGCCACAAUGAAAUACAUGUUAUUGAUUGCUGAAA